AUGCUGUGCUUUGCCGACGAAGAAGGGACGAUAACUCGAGCGACGUCGGAGAACUCGAAUCGAAUCGUCGUCACGACGACCGGAGCGGGAGGGAGAACUCGAAGUAGGCAGUCGGCAACAACGGCUGAUGGACUAGGUACGGAGAAGGGACGACCGACGACGAAGAACACAAUGACGAACCGGAGAACAACGGCAACAACUGCUGAUGAACUCGUAGGUACGGAGAAGGGACGACGACGGAGAACUCGUGCUUUGACGGAGAAGGGACGACGGAGAACUCGUGCUUUGACGGAGAAGUUGGGACGACGUGGCCUGGGACGACGGAGAAGUUGA